GUCCCUAUUUUUCUUGUUGUGUUGGAACUUAAUUUUACUUGUUUCUAUAGGUGUUCCUAGAUGGAGAAAAUUUCAAUUCUCGGUUUCCUUGUAAUCAUUCUAUGUUUAAUAAAAAGAGAACUUACUUGUAAAGGUGAGACCAUUUUGGGAAAUUGCUUAAAAAAUGAUAGAGAUGCUCUUACUCACUUCAAAAAUGGUCUCAAAGGUUCUAACAACCAGCUUUCAUCAUGGAGAAGGCUUGAUUGUUGUCAAUGGGAGGGAAUUGAUUGUGAAAAUAAAAUAGGAGCUGUUAUUUCAGUUGAUCUUCACAACCCACAUUCUCCCAAUGAAGCAUAUGAGAAUGAGACUUCUAUGAACUUGAGUGGAGAGAUUAGAUCUUCAUUGAUAGAACUCAAAUCCUUGAGAUAUUUAUAUUUGAGUGGGAACUUAUUUGAGCAUAUUCCAAUUCCUGAAUUCUUUGGAUAGUUAAAGAAUUUAGAAUAUCUAAACCUAUCAAAUUGUGGGUUUAGUGGUACAAUUCCUCCUAGCUUGGGAAACCUCUCUAAUUUGAAAUUUCUUGAUCUUUCUAGCCAUGAAUCUUUUGAUUUAUUUGUUAAUUUUGAAUCCUAUGAUUUAUAUGUUAAUGAUCUUGAAUGGAUGACUAGUCUUGUUUUACUUUACCAAUAAUGCCAAGUUGUCUCUAGUGUUUUCCUUUGCCUAAUGCUUCUAAGCUUCUCUUGUGGGUGAUUUCUAUAGUUUUGAUAAGUAACAAUCAUCAGACCAUGUUUGAUAUGGAUAUGUGUUCAAGUAUGCCAUCCAUUGACAUGUUUUAAUCUUAUUAAACUUAUGAUUGAUUAAAAUCUAUGUGUUAUUUAAUAUCCAAUAACUUGAAGUUUUGAUUACUUAUCAAAUUUCAUCACUAUUUUGAUUCUUCUAUCGGAACUUAAUAUUAAUUACUUGUUUUUAUAGGUGUUCUUAGAUGGAGAAAAUUUCAAUUCUUGGUUUCCUUUUGGUGAUUCUAUGUUUAAUAACAAGAGAUCUUGCUUGCAAGGGUGAAACCCUUGAGGGAAAUUGCUUAAGAGCUGAUCGAGAAGCUCUUCUUGACUUCAAAAAUGGUCUCAAAGAUUCUUCUAACAACCGGCUUUCAUCAUGGAUAGGAGGCAAUUGUUGUCAAUGGGAGGGAAUUGGUUGUGAAAAUAACACAGGAGUUGUUAUUUCAAUCAAUCUUCAUAACCCAUAUUAUCCUGAAGAAGCAUAUGAAAAUUGGAGCUCAAUGAAAUUAAGCGGUGAGAUCCGACCUUCUUUGAUAGAACUCAAAUCUUUGAGAUCUUUAGAUUUGAGUGGCAACUCAUUUGAGCAUAUCCCAAUUCCUAAAUUCUUCGGAUCUUUGAAAAAUUUACAAUAUCUAAACUUAUCAAAUUGUGGAUUCAGAGGUGCAAUUCCUCCAACCUUGGGAAACCUUUCUAAUUUACAAUUUCUUGAUCUUUCUUCCAAUGAAUCUCCGUUUUUUGUUAAGGACCUUGAAUGGAUGACUAAUCUUGUUUCCUUAAGGCAUCUCAAGUUGAACUAUGUCAACCUGUCAAUGGUCGGAUCUCACUGGAUGGAGGUAUUCAACAAGCUUUCAUUUUUAACAGAGUUGCACCUAGAAGAUUGUGGGCUCUCUGGUUCAAUUUCAUCUCUAAACUCUAUCAAUUUUACUUCACUGUCUGUCAUAAGCAUCAGUGGCAACUCUUUUCGGUCAAAGUUCCCAAUAUGGCUUCUAAACCUUAGCAGCCUUGUAUACAUUGAUGUAAGCUUUAAUCAGUUAUAUGGGCAGAUUUCACCUGGCCUUGGGGAACUACCUAACUUGCAGCACUUGGAUCUAUUUGGGAAUGAAUAUCUCACAGGUAGUUGCUCUCAACUGUUAAGCGGAAGCUGGAAGAAGAUAGAAUUUCUGAAUUUGGCAUACAAUAAUUUUUUUGGUACAAUUCCAACCUCCAUCGGAAAUUUUUGCAACUUACAACAUUUGGAUUUGGGUGCCAAUACCUUGACAGGAAGUUUCUUUGAGUUUCUCGAAGAGAUCAAAAACUGCAGUUCUGAAGGUCCUUUACCAGAACUGGGGUAUUUGGACUUGUCUUGGAAUCAAUUAGUGGGCAGAUUGCCAGAACGGUUGAGUCAGCUAGAAAAACUUACAUAUCUGGAUCUAUCCGAGAACAAGCUUCAAGGCCCUAUCCCUGCUUCUUUUGGGACAUUCAAAAAUCUGAAUGAGAUACGGCUUGGAUGGAAUGAACUGAAUGGGAGUCUCCCAGUUAGUUUUGGACAACUUUCUGAAUUGGUUGUAUUGGAAGUUCAUGACAAUCGCUUGACUGGAAUUCUUUCUGAAGAACAUUUUUCAAAGUUCAAUAAGUUGGAGACUCUAUGGAUGGAUGGAAAUUCAGAUCUCGUUUUGAAUGUUAGUUCCACCUGGGUCCCCCCAUUCCAAAUCACUGAUCUGAGUAUGGCUUCAUGCAAUUUAGGCCCUUCAUUCCCGACUUGGAUUAGGUCUCAAAAGGAGGUCUCCUUUCUGGAUUUGUCAAAUGCUAGCAUCUCAGGUUCCAUACCCAAGUGGUUUUGGAAUAUUUCUUUCAAUCUGGAGGGCAUAAUUCUUUCUCACAAUCGGUUACAAGGAAUUCUUUCUGAAGAACAUUUUUCAAAGUUGAGUAAGUUGAAGACUAUGUGGAUGGAUGGAAAUUCAGGUCUCGUUUUGAAUGCUAGUUCCACCUGGGUCCCCCCAUUCCAAAUCACUGAUCUGAGUAUGGCUUCAUGCAAUUUAGGCCCUUCAUUCCCGACUUGGCUUAGGUCUCAAAAGGAGCUCUCCUUUCUAGAUUUGUCAAAUGCUAGCAUCUCAGGUUUCAUACCCAAGUGGUUUUGGAAUAUUUCUUUCAAUCUGCAGUACUUAAAUCUUUCUCACAAUCAGUUACAAGGUCAGCUACCAAAUUCAUUAAAAUUUCGUUCUGGUGACGGUGAUGGUGCAUAUAUUUUCAGUUACAACCUCUUUAAGGGACCUAUUCCUUUUUCAAUCAAAGGGCUCUAUUUACUAGAUCUCUCCCACAAUAAAUUUUCUGGCCCUAUCCCACUGAGCAGAGGUGAAUCUAUGUUAGACUUGAAUUACCUUUUCCUUUCGAAAAAUCAAAUAACAGGGACCAUCCCAGAUUCCAUAGGACACAUCACCUCUCUUCAAGUCAUUGAUUUUUCAAGGAAUAAUUUGAUUGGAAGCAUUCCUUAUACCAUCAAUAAUUGCUCUAGCCUAAUUGUUCUAGACCUUGGAAAUAACAAUUUAUCUGGGAUGAUACCAAAGUCGUUGGGCCAGUUACAAUGGCUCGAAUCACUGCACCUGAAUGACAACAAGCUUUCAGGCGAGCUCCCCUCAUCUUUCCAAAAUUUAUCAAGAUUGGAACUCCUUGAUCUCAGUUAUAACCAAUUAUCGGGUAAGGUUCCUUCAUGGAUUGGAACUGCUUUCAUAAAUCUUGUAAUACUCAACUUGAGGUCAAAUGUAUUUUUUGGAAGACUUCCCUCCCAACUUUCAAAUUUAAGCUCCCUGCAUGUCUUAGACCUUGCACAAAACAAUUUGAUGGGUGAAAUUCCAGUCACUUUGGUUGAGCUUAAAGCCAUGGUUCCAGAGUAUAACAAGAAUACAUAUCAUUUUUAUGACAAUGUGAUCAGCUCUAGGUAUGAAGAACGAUUAGUGGUGAUUAUGAAAGGCCAACGUCUUGAAUACACCAGGACUCUUUCUCUUGUUGUAGGCAUAGACCUAUCCGACAAUAAUUUAAGUGGAGAGUUUCCCCAAGAAAUAACAAAAUUGUUUGGUUUGCUGGUUUUGAACUUGUCCGGGAAUCACAUCAAUGGCCAAAUUCCUGAAAGCAUUUCAAUGUUGCACCAGUUAUUAUCUCUUGAUUUGUCAAGGAAUAAGCUUUACGGCAGCAUUCCUUCAAGCAUGGUUUCAUUAACAUUCUUGAGUUAUUUGAAUCUAUCGAAUAAUAAUUUCUCUGGUAAGAUCCCCUUUAUAGGGCAAAUGACAACCUUUGAUGAGUCAGCCUUUGUUGGAAACCCUAAUCUUUGUGGAGCUCCAUUGGUCACAAAAUGCCAAGAUGAAGAUCUAGAUAAAAAGUAUAGUGCUAGUGAGGACAAAAAUGAUGGUGGCUAUAUUGAUCAAUGGUUUUACUUGAGUGUUGGCUUGGGAUUUGCGAUGGGUAUUUUAGUUCCAUAUUUUGUUUUGGCAACAAGGAAAUCUUGGUGUGAGACCUACUUUGAUUUUGUGGAUAAAAUUGUCAAAUGGUUGUUGAGAGGAAGAGCAACCUAUGCCAAAGAUCACCUGCGAAGGUAAUAAAUUUUGUUUGUAGAUCUUUAUAUGCUCUAUGUAUAAUUACAAACUUUGAAAGUGAAUUUCAUUAUAGUUGCAAUAAAAAGCAAGAUUUCUCUUUUAAUUUA